CACUUUACUUUUGAAAAGGCACAAUUCCCCACUCUGUUCGCGGGUCCCAAUUACGCGUUUGUUGAAAAUAAACGGAAUGAAUCAAUGUACCUUGCUUCAUGAGUUGAAAGUCACCAAACCAAAGAUGGCGGAGACUGUCAUUAGUGUUGUGCUAGGCAAGCUAAUUCCAGUUGCUACUGAGCAGAUCAGCCUUGUUUGGGGGUUCGAGGAGCAGCUGAAAGAACUUCAAGACUCAUUGACCACGAUUCAAGCUGUGCUGGCUGAUGCGGAGAGAAGGCAAGUGAAAGAAGAGUUUGUGAAGCUUUGGAUGCGGAGGCUGAAAGACGUUGCUUAUGAUGUUGAUGAUGUGCUGGAUGAGUUUGCUUAUGAGAUUCUCCGGCGAAAGGUAGAGAUCCGAAACCAAAUGAUGAGAAAGGUAUGCUUCUUCUUUUCAUUUUCAAACCCUAUUGCAUUCCGAAUCAACAUGGCCAACAAAAUUAAGGCUAUACUCAAAUCUUUGAAAAAGAUUAUUGAUAAUGCAAAAGAAUUUGAAUUUGCUAGCACGGGAUCAAUAAAUGCAAUUCCUGAGGUCUCUCCAAACCGAGAGACAGAUUCCUCUCCUGAGGGUGCAGAGAUUGUAGGAAUGGGAGGUCAUGUCUCAGAAAUAGUAGACUUGAUGCUUAAUGCAACCAAUGAACAACUGUCAGUCAUUCCUAUAGUGGGAAUGCCGGGUUUGGGAAAGACAACUCUGGCAAAACUAGGGUAUAAUCAUGAGCAAGUACAGAGGAGUUUUGAUAAAACAAUAUGGAUAUGUGUCUCCAAUGAAUUUGAUGAUAAGAAGAUUUUGAGAGAGAUUCUUGAAUCCCUUACCCAGAACCCAUGUGCGUUGCAAACGAAGGAUGCAAUAGUCAAAAGUCUAAAAAAAGAGUUGCAAGAAAAAAGAUAUCUUCUCGUUCUUGAUGAUGUUUGGAAUGAAGAUGAUAGGAAAUGGGAUGCUUUAAGGAGUUGUUUGUUAGGAAUUAAUUCAUCUGCAGGAAACAAUGUUAUUGUAACAACCCAUAGUGACACAGUGGCGAGGAUCAUGAAGACGAUUCAUCAGCAUGACAUGGAAAAACUCUCAGACGAUGAAUGUUGGUCCAUAAUCAAGAAAAGAGUAUCUACAAAAGAAAGAAUUCCACUAAGUCAAGAUCAGGAGGAUAUUGGAAGGGAGAUUGCUAAAAGAUGUCAAGGGAUUCCAUUAGUUGCAAGGGUUUUAGGAGGGACAAUGUCUAAUAAGAUUGAGGAAAGGGAAUGGUUGGCAAUUCAAAACAGUGAGGUUUGGAGUUCCUUGCAUGGUGAAAAUGAAAUCUUAUCAAUACUAAAAUUAAGCUUUGAUCAUCUUUCACCAUCUCUAAAAAGUUGUUUUUCAUAUUGUGCAAUAUUUCCUAAAGAUUAUGAAAUGGGAAAGGAAGAACUAAUUCAACAUUGGAUGGCUGAAGGGUUCCUUCAACCAUCGCAAGGAAAUUCUUCUGAGAUGGAAGACAUUGGUAACGACUAUUUUGAUAUUUUGUUGGCAAAUUCCUUAUUCCAAGAUAUAAUAAGGGAUGAUUUUGGUGAUAUACUAAGUUGUAAGAUGCAUGAUCUUGUACAUGAUCUUGCCCUCUUAAUUUCAAAAUGGGAAACCUUGCAUUUAGGGGGCAAUGGGGGGGGGGUGACAUUGACAAGUGUCAUAUUCGACGUUUAUCUCUUAUGUCUAAAGACAGGGCAACACCAACAAUCCCACUAUCUAGAGAUGGCAUGGGCAGAUUGCGCACAGUUUUUUGUUUUGGUUCUUAUCUUGGAGACCGGUUAUUGGACUUAAAAUUUGUACGUGGUCUGACAUUAUCUGCGACAUAUAGGGAAAAGAAUUUCAAGUCAAUUUGUGAGUUUAGACAUUUAAGGCUUCUUCACAUCGGGUAUGCCGAUAUUGAAGUAUUACCCAAUUCUAUUACCAAGCUCUACAACUUGCAAACUCUAGCAACAAGAAGUGUCAUUUUCUAAGAAAGCUUCCAAAAAAUCUAAGAAAUUUGACUAACUUGAGACAUAUUAAUAUUAGCCAUGCAUACGUAGAACAAAUGCCAAUCAAUAUGGGGCAGUUGACUUGCCUUCAAACAUUGCCUUUCUUUGUCAUUGGACAGAAAACUGGUCAUCGAAUUGAAGAACUAGGAUGCUUAAGCCAGCUCAGAGGAGGUUUAAAUAUCUUCAACUUUAUGUAAUAUCAUACAAAUCUAUUGAUUUUUAUCCAAGCAAUCAGUAGUAAGGAAGAAACUUCAGUUGGUUGGCUUGGUUUCCUUGCUCUUAGCAUGCAAGUAUGAGAGUUUUCUGUUUCUGUAGUUGGGGUUUUGAUUCUUAUAUCAGAUAAAGCGUACACAAGGAAGAGGUUCUGGAAAUGGCAUUCAAGGAGGCAAAAAUGUACU